AUGCCUGGAAAAAUUACUGUUUACAUUAGUAAUCUUGCCUCAAAUGUGGAGACCCGGAAACAACAGAUGAGAAUUCAGGAUGUGCUCUCAGGAUGUAAGAUUGACUAUGAUGUUGUGGAUGUGUCAGCCAGCAGAGACAACUUGGCCAGGAUGAGAGAGAUUGUGGGUGAUCCUAAAGCUCUAGCACCUCAGAUUGCGAAUGAUGACGAAUACUGCGGGAACUAUGAUGAUUUUGAAGAGGCAGUUGAAAAUAAAUCCUUGAAUGAGUUUCUGAAAUCUGAAAACACAGCUUAA